AUGUUAUCUCUCUUUAAAUAUUCUGCGGUUCUGCAGAUCAUCAAGGCGCGUGAGUACUGUCACAGAUUGAAGAGAGAGAAGAAGAAGAUGUUCAAGCAUGAGAAGACAGAUUAUAAGACAUAUUAUAAUGUCUUGAAGAGACUCUCCCUGCUCUCUGAGCAUGCCAAUCUGCUUAUCACUGGGGUGAAACCUGAGGCAGCAGACCAGGAAAUGCAGGAUUUUGAGACACAGAUUGACCUGGCUGAGAGGAAGCAGCAGGAACCCUUCUCUGAGAAGGCAGCAGAGAGAGAUUUUGAGAUGAUUAUUACCUCAGAUAAGAAGGAGAAGAAGAAGAAGAAGAAGAAGAAGAAGAAGAAUGAGAAGUGA